AUGGCUUUCUAUCCUUGUGCUAUCGCCAACUGCAUAUUCGACACCCUCGUAUACGAGAAUAGCUGUUACGCUUGUCGACAACGAUUCUGCUUUCAACACUACCGGCAUCCUCUACACGAAUGUUCACUGGGUAAGGGCAAGGGCACGAUUGGUCUACGUCACACUCUUGACGAAGAAUAUGAACCCGAGGUGACUCAACUUCUUAGCUGUCUUGAUGUCGACUCAAUCAGAACUGAAGUCGAGCUACUUCGACCCGGUCAUCAAGUAGCCACUGUCCAUCUUCCAGUGGAUUGGGAGGAUUUAGCAUGUAGCUACAUGCAAGGGCAGUCCAACUUUCACAUCAAGAUCGAUUUCCAAGAUGAUGUCAGCUGGUUUUUGCGGAUCAGACGACGACUAUCCCGAAAUUAUACCGACGAACCACUGAAGCUGGACAUAGCAAGCGAAGUCGCAACUAUCCAAGCACUGCAAUCGGCGGGAGUGGCUGUACCUAAUGCUUAUGCAAGGCCCUCCAAUAGUCGAGUUCAUCCUAAAGUCAUAUACUGCUAUCAAUCGAUGAUACCUGGAGCAGCCUGGGCUCCCUUCUACCAUCGAAAUGAAAGAUCUCAACCACUAUCGGACCCUUCCAUUAAUCACGUCAAAAGCCUCGCCAAAUGGUUUAUUAACAUGGAAAAAGCCAAGUUCGAUAAAGUAGGAAGUAUAACCUGCCAGAAAGACGCUACAGGGUUUGCAGUCGGUCCAAGUAUCGAUCGAUACCCAUACCAUUACGCACGGCCUUACUUCCUGGGUCUUUUCCAUACCUCAGCAGACAGGUGGAUCGCUACCAUCGAAGCUCGCAUUCAGAUGAUCCUGGAAAGGAGAUAUGGUAGUCAUGAGUUCGAAUUAUGGAUGUACCUUGCUCUGUUGGAAGCUAAAGAGCUGGUGAGAGGGUGCGAGGAGAUGCGACGAACCGGUCCAUUUUUCAUCAAGCACGACGAUGACGAAUAUGAUCAUAUUAGAGCGAAUGAGGAAGGCGAAGUGACUGGAGUGAUCGAUUGGGAAUGGUCAUACACUACCACGAAGUAUGAAGCAUUCAUCUCACCUUCAGGAUACCUACCCGAUGAAUUCUUUCAAGGAACGAAUGAUUCUUUGUCCACACUCGAGACGGCACUCAUGGAAGCAUACAUCUCAUUUGAACGACCUGAUUUAGCGGACUGCGUCAAGAACGGGAGGAAGUACCACCGACUGAACGAUAUGCUCAAGUGGAUGAUGUUCGUCCCAGCUCAUCUCGACGGGUUGUAUCGAGCCUUUAACGAAAUACCUGACGCAACACCUACUAAGACCCAAACAGUACAGGAGCGCGUCCUUGAGCUCGUUGAGAAGUAUAAGGAUAAUGCAGGACUUAAGUACUUGUUGGAGAACCCACUGCCUAGAUUCCCAGUGGAAGAUGUGUUUGUGCCUGCGGAGAUUCCAGGAGGUAGGAGGAGAAAGAAAAAGAAGACACUCCAGGUAACAACCGAAGACGGUAAGUUGCCGACAGUUAGCAACGGCGAAUUGCUUUCUGGUACUUCUCAUGAUGAACAACCUAUCGAUAGAGAAUAA